CAGGUGCUCACAAAGGACAGUGUCACCGUGGCCGUGGACGCCGUCGUCUACUACCGAAUAUGGCUGCCGACGAUUGCCGUGGCCAAUGUCUAUGAUUACGGUAAUGCCACCCGACUGCUCACCUCGACGACGUUGCGCAAUGUCCUCGGCACGAAGACGCUCACCGAGAUACUCUCAGAGCGGGAGAACAUCAGCCUGGCGGUGCGUGCCAUCCUCGACGAGGUGACCAAGGUCUGGGGAGUCAAAGUGGAGAGGGUGGAGAUCAAAGACGUUCGACUGCCUGUCAACUUUCAGCGUUCAAUGGCCGUCGAAGCGGAGGCAGUGCGCGAAGCAAGAGCAAAGAUCAUCGCCUCUGAGGGCGAGAAGAAGGCAUCGUACGCGCUGAUGGAGGCGUCGGAGAUUCUCUCCACCGAGCGAAUGGCCCUGCAGCUGCGGUUCAUGCAAAACUUAGGCUCGAACACUGAGGGCAAAGAGACGACAAUAUUAUUCCCCGUUCCUAUGCCCAUGAUGACAAUAGGACUGAACAGCGUUACGCAUAAUGGCGAGGAUCUCCGAUCAGUGAAAAGCAUGGACGACGGUGGUGGUUAUGGUGAUGGUGGUGACGGCAGUAUCAGCCCUAAACACCGCAGCGGCAGCUUCAGCAGUGUCGUCGGUGAUGGAGGUGCUGAUGGCGGUUUUGCUGAAGAUGAAAACGAUGAUGAUCAGUGA